AUGGCUGACGCCGAGGAGGAUUUCUCCUCUCUCCCUCUACCGGAUCGCUUCACACACAAGGUCUGGAAAGUACGAAAAGAAGGUUACGAAGACGCUGCAAAACAGUUCGAGAAAACGCCAGAUGAAUCAGAUCCCGUAUUCACGCCGUUUUUACAAGACCCGUCGUUAUGGAAAGGCGCCGUUGCCGAUUCAAAUGUUGCCGCCCAACAGGAAGGUCUAGCGGCGUAUGGUGCGUUUUUGAAAUAUGGAGGAGUUCAGGCGUGUACAAGAACACGAGGUGUAACGGUUUCCGCCAUCGCUGAAAAAGGCCUCCCAUCGGCGCGUCCUGCCGCCAAGGCAAACGCACUUGAAGCGCUACUGCUGCUUAUAGAACUCGACGCACCAGGCCCAGUGAUCGAAGAUUUGAUUCCUAUCCUCUCGGCAAAACAACCCAAAUCUAUUGCCGCGGGACUUGCUGCUAUUACAGCCAUAUAUCACAACUAUGGAUGCAAGAUCGUCGACCCCAAACCCGUGCUCAAGAUAUUACCUAAAGUGUUCGGCCAUGCCGACAAGAACGUUCGUGCCGAAGCACAGAAUCUCACCGUGGAGCUGUACCGAUGGCUCAAAGAAGCGAUGAAACCAGUUUUCUGGGCUGAGUUGAAACCAGUGCAACAACAGGAUUUGGACAAAUUAUUUGAGAAAGUUAAAGAGGAGGCUCCGCCAAAGCAAGAGCGAUUGACUAGAGCACAGCAGGAUGCUAUGGCGUCUGCCCCCGCGCCUGGUGAAGAUGACGUGGGUGGAGAAGCUGGGGAUGAUUACGGCGAGGAGGAGGGUGAAAUGGAACCUCUUGAUCUUGCAGAACCGGUUGAUGUGAUGCCAAAGGUACCGAAGAAUUUACACGAACAACUGGGCUCGACAAAGUGGAAGGACAGGAAAGAAUCAUUGGACGAACUUUACAAGGCGCUCAACGUUCCUCGAAUCCAGGAAGGACCAUUCGACGAGAUUGUCAGGGCACUUGCAAAGUGCAUGAAGGAUGCAAAUAUUGCAGUUGUAACGGUCGCCGCCAACUGUGUGGACUUGCUUGCUAAGGGUCUGCGCUCUGGAUUUGCAAAAUAUCGGUCGAUAAUCAUGGCACCAAUCAUGGAACGUCUGAAGGAGAAGAAGCAAUCUGUUGCUGAUGCGCUCGGCCAGGCGUUAGAUGCUGUGUUUGGCUCUACAGGUCUUUCAGAUUGUCUAGAGGAUAUCUUUGAGUUCCUGAAACACAAGAACCCUCAAGUCAAACAAGAAACCGUCAAAUUCUUGACCAGAUGUUUGCGAACAACGCGCGAUGUGCCACAAAAACCUGAAGUCAAGUCAAUCGCCGAAGCCGCCAUAAAAUUACUAACCGAAUCGAGUGAAGUCGUACGAUCUGGCGCUGCUGAAAUCCUAGGAACUCUAAUGAAAAUCAUGGGCGAASGAGCCAUGAAUCCGUACCUUGAUGGUCUGGACGAGAUCAGGAAAACCAAGAUCAAGGAAUAUUUCGAUACAGCCGAAGUCAAGGCCAAGGACCGCCCCAAGCCUAUCGUCGCACCACCCAAACCCGCCCCCCCGGCAGCGAGGAAGGCUGCACCAGGCGCAAAGAAACCUGCUCUCGGAGUCAAAAAGGCUGCUCCGGCAGCUGCACCACCGCCACCAGUUGAAGAGGCAUCUCCGCCUCCUAAGCCUAAAGCUGUCGCUAGACCAGGACUUGCACGCCCAGGCGCGCCUAAGUCGGGAUUGGCUACUCCUGGAGGUGGGCUCAAGAUGCAACGACGCAUCCCUGGUGUUGGUGGAGCCGCAGCUGGAUCCCCUCAACGGCGUGUAUCGUCGCCGCCACUAGAAGAGCCAGUAGCCGCACCUCCCUCACAGCCAAAGUUCGGCUUAGGACGAGGACUGACUGGACGACCGAUCAGUAAAAAUGCGGCGCCUGCGGAGGUAGCACCUGCUGCUGCACCUGUCAUGUCUGGCCUUGCUGCUGCUGAGCGUGCUGAAUUGGAGGAGCUCCGCAUCGAGAAAGAGCGCCUCUGGAAACUCAAUGAAGAUCUCCGGACUGAAAAGACGAGGCUUUCGUCUCAAGUGACUGAGCUUCAGAACCAGAAUGCACAACUCAUAGAAGACCAUACUCGGGACGUCUUGAGCAUCAAGGCCAAAGAAACACAGUUGGUUCGUGCUCGUAGUGAUGCAGAGACUGCAGAACAAACGGUCCAGAAACAACAACGCGAGAUUGAACGACUGAAGCGUGAAUUAGCUCGAGCUGUUCGUGCAUCCACAAUGAGCCCACCAGUGUUAGCAGAUGGGCUCAAUACUGGUAUGUCAGACAACGGCCCACUAUCACCGGAUAUAGGGACCUAUAGCAGCAACGGUUCUCGUGCUGGCUACAUGAGCUCGCGCUUGGACACCGGACGACCCCGAAGCUAUGUAUCCAGUGCAAGUGAGGACAAAGAAAACAACGGCUUUGGCUCGCCUACUGCCGAAACAAAUUUAGACUCGGCAUUUGGACGCAGGAAGUUCAGUCCACCCAUGGGACAGACUUUGUCCAGUAGAGGUAGCCCAGUUCGAUCCACGGCUCGCUACGCAUCUGCCGGUAGCACCCAUAGUGGUGACGACCAGCCUUCGAUAACGAGCCGAUCAGCCGAGCCGGCAGAGAAUUGGAAGCGAGCGGCAGAAGUGACCAGUCAGUUGAAAGCCAGAAUUGAGCAGAUGAAGGCUCGACAGGGUCUUUCUCGCCCUCCACCAUCAACUCACUCAUAA